AUGUUGUUACUGUUCGUCCUCUCGCCGCGCCGUUUGAAAACGUACCACUGGGCGUGGUCGGCGGAGGAUCGAUCAAUAUUAACCUUUCGUUUGACGACGGUGGCGCGGUGGUGGCAUGAGAGAGAACUUAUGAAGCUUGUUGACCGGCGGCAGCAUAACACGCACGGCCCGAUGACCGGCGCGCGGCGGCCGGUUACCAGUAUCGGCAGAAUGUCGAAGGAAUGGUCGUGCAGCGGCGGUGGUGUGUAUGUUUUAGGUGGGGUGGUGCGCUCCGAGAGCCGCGAUCGAUGUGGUGGUGGGCCGCCACCGCCGUCUCGUCUUUCAACCUUUGCCGGGGCGCUAUCACCACAGUUAUCCAAUCUGCGUGGUUGUAACGCCGCUGAUAACGAGUGCGGCGCUCUAGUUGUCGAUCGCGGACUCGCCGCCCGCGUUACCCCGUCACCGUAA